AUUUAGUACUUACAUGGUCAUCAUCUAACAAAGUGCUCAGUCAUGUGGGAGAAACGGGUUUAAUAUGAUUCACACACUGAGAGGGGCUGGAUUGCGCAACUGUGCGCAUUUUCUUCAGGCUGCGUGCAGUCCGCCUCGUGAGUUCCCCAUGUCGUCAUUAGUUACUUUAUAAAAAUCAGUAACUUCCUUUCGAGUCUGGAGAAACGGGUCUGCUGCUGCUGCUGGAGCUGGAGAGAAGCUGUGUUGGGAGUUUUUGGUGUGAACUCCUCCUCUUUAGUGUUUCAGGACAGACUGCUGGAUUCUCCUCACUACACACCAGUCCAGAGCGGAGAGCAGCAGGUCAGCAAGAGCCGGAGUCGACAGAACACCGAUACACGAGACUCUGAAGAGCUUCAGUCAGCACCAGCAGCUCCCAGACACUAAACUAACCUAAAAAACAUGCCUGCGCCCAGAAAAAUUAGAAAGCCGGACAUUAAGAUGGUGAUUCUGGGAGACAUGAACGUUGGAAAGACGUCUCUGCUCCACAGGUACACAGAGAGGAGCUUUAAAGACACCCUGAGCACCGUCGGAGGAGCCUUCUUCCUAAAGCAGUGGGGGCGAUACAACAUCUCCAUCUGGGAUACAGCAGGUCGUGAGCAGUUCCAUGGCCUGGGCUCCAUGUACUGCCGUGGCGCAUCCGCCAUAAUCCUCACCUACGACGUCACCAACUGGCAGAGCCUUCUGCAGCUGGAGGAGCGAUUCCUGUCCCUCACCGACUCGGCCAACGACGACUGCAUCUUCGCUGUGGUGGGCAACAAGGCCGACCUCACGGACCCAUACGCCCAGACCAUAAUGCCUGAGGACGUCGGGCCAGAGGAGUCUGCCAUCUCCGCCACACCUUCUUCUUGCCCCACCCCUCCUCAAACUCCCACCAUUCACAAGCAGGUGAAGCGAGAGGACGCGAUAGCACUCUACAGCCGCAUAAUCAGCUACAAAGCCCUGGACGAGGACGCGAGUCCUGUAGCAGACAAGAUGUGCUUCGAGACGAGCGCCAAGACGGGCUACAAUGUGGACGCUCUGUUUGAGACUCUUUUCGAGCACGUGCUGCCGUCCAUCAUACAAAAGCAGGUAAGGACCAAGUCGCCUACUGUGUGCUUGGAAGGCUACGAGGAAGAAGAGGAGAAGAAGAGGAAGGCAGACUGUUGCACGUGAAGAUGAUUUCAGUGGAUAUUUUUGUUUGUUUUUUGCUUUUUUGAUUUUACUCUCUUUAGAAAUUGCAGAGGGUCCAAGCGGAUGAAUGGUGGCAGUUGAGUGCCGUGAGUUCUGUAUUCAGCCUUGAACAUAUCUACCUGUCCAGAAGGAGAACCAAAAGAUCUGACCUCAUAUCUGAGGUCAGCAUGAAGGGGCAUCAAAAGCCACCUCAGGAACUUUAAAGGCUUUUACUGUAUAUCUUAUCCUUGCCACUGUUAGCCUUUUGUGUACGAUGAUUAGCCAUUGGCAGUCACAGACACAUCAUGCACAUUCUCUUCUCCAUCUUGGCUCGAGAUGCUCACACACAUCAGCAGGUUCAUCAGUAGUUCCGGCUGCUUGGUAUGAAGAAAGUAAAAGCAGUGGUAGCAUUACGAUUUCCUCCCUGUGUACAUUGUUUGGGGUGAAUCUUGCAAUGUGCUGCUAGCAUUGUACUGCUGAAAGUUUCUGUAGAAUAUGGAAUGAAAGACCUGUGAUUGUUCAAGAUCUUAAACAAAAACACAGAUUUAGAAGGCUAAUUAACAUUUCCACAAACUUUUUUUUAUCAGUAUUAGACAGUAUUACAAUGUAGCAGAGGCAGGUGGGAAGCACGGAUUUGCCUCAGUGCCACUUUGCUGCAGUUAAUACUGAAUGUUCACAUUAGUUUGCAACACUUCAUUGUUAAUGAGUUUAGCACAGCUUUUUUGAAACACUGGUUAAAUCUUUGUUCACAUAUAUGUUUCCCUUAAUUUUUUCAUGUAAAAAAAAGAAAAACUGUUAGCUAAAACAAUACUGCUCUUAUAUUACGCUGUUUGCUAUCGCAGAUUUAUUUAUGGUUGCUUGCCUUAGCCUUUAAACUACGGUUCUCUCAACAUUCCAAAAAGUCUUAAAAGGUGAAGUUACAAAGUUUGCUUCGUUCAUGUGCCUUAGUGUGGUUUCUCUGUGAAUACUAAUACAUUCCUCCACACGAAGUAAGGUUGAAACCAUUACUGUAUACUUUAUAUCCUGUUUCUAUGUUGUCCAGUUUGUUUUUUUACUUUUAGGCUGUGUAAUUUUAUGUGUAUCUACUGUAAUUGUACUGUGACUGCUAUUUAAGACAUUUUAGUGUUCUAUAAAUAAAGAUUUGUUUAUUUAAAAUUA